AUGUCGUCAACUUACAUGGUAUUUCGUUGUGUAUUUACAAUAAUUAAUAUGUGUUUUUUUGCAUUGGGUUUUGCUAUUGUGGUUUGUAGUUGGUGGUUACAUAUAAAAUCGGCUGAUUAUCGACCUCUGAUGGGGAAUCAAUGGCUUACUGCGCCUGUUGUACUAAUUUUCUCAGCAAAACUUUCAAUGUUACUUGGUGCUGUUGGAUGUAUCGGUGCAUGGUUCGAAAAGAAAAUUCUUUUAUUUAUGUAUAUUAUAACAAUGAUUAUCAUUUUCGUGGCAUUAUUAUUUGGUGUUGUAUUUGUUAUUGCUUUUAAUGAACGAGUAGCAAUGUCUGCACGAAAAGAAUUACUUGAAAAUAUACGUCAUUAUCCAGGUGAUGAAGGUAAAGAUGAAAAUAAUUCACGAAAAACAAUGAAUUCAAUUCAAAAACGCCUUCAUUGUUGUGGUGUUGAUCAAUAUCAAGAUUGGUUCAAUGCUAAUAUAUGGACUGGACAACCAUAUGUACCUGAUUCAUGUUGUAUUGAAGAAACGAAUGGUUGUGGUAAACAGAUUGCUGCAAAUGAAACUUAUGGUUUAAUUUAUAUGGAUGGAUGUUUUAAUAUGAUACAAAUGGAAAUUAACCGAAAUUUAAUGAUUGUUGGUAUUCUGGCUUUUGUACUUGUUUUUGUUGAAGGUUUUUGUAUUGUUGCUGCUCUUGGUCUACUUUGCUAUCUUCGUCAACGUGAUCGAUAUAUAUAA